GCAGGAGGGCCCCUCCUUCAAGGAUAUCUUCAGACCCCCACGUUGUUGAUUCCCAUGUGGUCUGGGCGAGCAGUUGAUUUGAGGAGAGGCACUUCACCUCAGCCAUGAAGCUGAUUGGAGUUUUGCUGCUGAGUGUAUUGCUCAUCAGUAAUGCGGCAGAUGCUCAACUGACACUGAAUUCAACACGUAUGGAUCAGGACCUGGAGAAACGUAGCCUCAAUGGCAAAGGGGAUUGUCCUGGUGGUUUCGUUUAUUUUGGUUAUUGCUACAAGUUUGUUUCUCAGCCAAAGACUUGGAUUGAUGCUGAGUUGCACUGCCGAACGCUGGCUCCUGGUGGUCAUCUUGCUUCCAUACACUGGGAGGAGCAGAAUCGUAUUAUUGCAGAGAAAUUCUCUCAAAGAGAACGAACUUGGAUUGGUUUCAACGAUAUCUACAAGGAGAACUCUUUUCUCUGGACUGAUGGAUCUUCAUCAGAUUUUACUCAUUGGGCCAAGAACCAACCCGAUAACUCUCAUGGUAAAGAACACUGUGUGCAUUUCUUUGCAUGGAAACCUGAUUGGAACGAUCUGCCUUGUGAUUCAAAAUUGUGUUUCCUUUGCUCCUACAAACUGCCGUCUCCCUGCUGCGAGUGAAAGAAUCUAUCGCUGCUCCAUGGAUCCUGUCUGGGAGUGAAUG